AUGAAUGACUUUGACAUAGAGUCCGAACAUCGAAGGAAGCGGCGGCGGCGCGAGAUUGUUCCUAAGCCAGUGCACGCCCGCUUACUUUUUGAUGAGCAGUAUGGAUCAGACAAUACUACGCAAGACCAAACAUUCGUCGCGAUAUCACCCAUCUCACCUCUUCAUACCACCCUCGAGGACUCGACCUGGACCAUUGCACAAGUCAGAGCAAGCCAUGAUGGUGAGGUUGAGGAUCACAAUGCGAACAUCAGACUGUCUCCUACCUCGCCGGUGUCGCAGGCCUUCAUUCGGAUCUUCGCUGCACAAGACCAUGGACGGCAUGGCUCGCAUUUACCAAAAUUCUUUGACGUUAAAAUAGUCCCUACUGCACCUGUCGUGCUCGAUACCGUUUAUGUUAGCAUCGAAAAAGGCUUGAUUGGCAGUGUGGACGAAAUACAAACCAGGUUCGGUGGAGGCUUUCAGCACGCGAAGAACAGGAAGACAGGCCAGCACGAACAGCUUGUCAAUGCUGCUAGGAACACGAACACAUCAUCUCAAGAUCGUGUCUCCGAGCUUAUUCGACAGGGUCUGUCUGCCCUGUCAGUCAUCCACGUUGGCGAUAUCUUUCCCCUACCCCUACCUCCUCACCCGAUCACCCAUGUGCGACCAGCUCCCGCUAUCGUUAUGGAGACAGAGCCUGUCUCCCAAGGAUUGGUUUCUCAGAGUACAAAGAUCGUGGUUGUGCAUGCAGGAAGCUCACAAGAGAAAGCCUUGAAGAAGCUUUCUGCUCCAACAGCCAUCCUUGAAGAAUCUUUAGAGGAUACUCCAGAAGAUGAGACGGCUACCGAUCAGUUCUUUUCUGCUGCCGAGGACCGUAAUACUGCGACUGCUUCGGAACUAGAGGCUAGUGAAGAUGAAGAGUCGCAUACAGACGCGUCUGAAAGUGGUGACAGCGACGAAGAGUCUGACUCAAUGGACGAUAUGAUCUCACUUAGUGCCCCGGGAUUACCCCCUCAGCAAGCUGGCACACUUUCUGCCAUGACAGCCGCCACGCCGAGGCCAGGUCAAUAUGGGCGUGCGACCGGGGCACACACUCCUGGCUCAGUCUACUCGAGUUUUACACAAUCGACGGCAAGAGCUGGAAGUCGUCCUGGGAAAGUGUUCCGCACAGAAGCUCUUCUAAAGAAGAUGCCCGCAGAACUUCUGCAUCCUAGACCGUCGCCACAAGAGGAUGACGACUCCUUCGUCUUCGUCGAUACGAGUACUCUCGCUAAACUCGGCUGCUUCUCAGGCGACUGGGCCCGGGUAGAGGUUGCAAGGAAUGUGAGCAGUUUUGGCUUUGGCUCAGGUCUUGCUGCCUUGAACGAGCAAGAGGAAGCUGAUUUUAGGAUUGUCCGCGUUUUUGGCCUGUCUGGAUUGUUACAGCAGAAAGCUCGAUAUGCGGUGGACAAAACAGGCACUAGGCGAUCCAGUUUCACUCCGGGUCACACUCUGACGCCUCUUAGCCCAACUAUACAUAUGUCACCGAUCCUCUUGGCCAAUCUAUCCAAUGCACAAUUUAUCAAGUUGGCUGCGAUACCGAAAUCAAGCAAGACGCAACGUCCCUCAUAUGCGCCACGACCUCCAUCGUAUCGUGGUCCGCCGAUGGCCAAGGAGGUGUCUUUGGCCAAGGUGCUGACACCUCUUACGCAAGAUCCUUCUAUGCAGUCUAUACUUUUCACUUCAUUGAAAACACAUUUCGAAAAACGAAGGAGAUUAGUCAAAAUUGGAGAUGUCAUACCUGUUUCUGUCGACGAAGAUCUCGCUCGUACUACGUCUACGCCUGGAUCAACAGAGAACAGUAUGGAAGACGAGCAUUUAUUGUCAAGACUGAACGUCACAUCUGCAGCAGAUCGAGCGCGUCUUCAAGUAGCCUGGUUCGUUGUUCAAUCCGUGGACGCGGAUCUAUUGUCAGACAACUCGAGUGCUACGAGGGAGGGUGAGAACUGGGGCGGUACAAGUGUCCUGGAUACAUCACAGACCAAGUUGGGUGUUUCUGGAACCAGCCACCACAAUAUUUCAGACCUGACAAAAAAAUGGUCAAGGUUCUGGUUAGGAUUAAGGUCGCCACCUCGAUCUUUGACCGUUGCUCAAGGGCCAUUGAUCACACCAUCAAGCUUGCCAGAAUCAACGAAAUUGCCCCUCGAGAAAAGGCUGGCGGAUUUGGUUGCUGCUGCCACAAGUCCAAGAGCCACUAGUCUUGGUCUUCCCCCUUUGGUAAUUCUUCUGCACUCAAACCAACGGCAAGUUGGCAAAACCUUUAUCGCUAAAAAUGCCUGCACAUCAGUCGGUGUCCACACUUUCACAAUAUCUGGUCACGAUUUAUUAUCAGAAAAUGCCUCGACUACAGGUGGUGGAGAUGUCAAGACAGAAGGACUGCUUCGAGUACGCGCUGAGAGAGCACUAUCAUGUGGUGCUGAACAAACGGCUAUUCUUCUCCAGCACAUUGACGUGCUGACUGCUGACCGGAUGGUUCCCACGAUCCGAGAUGUUAUUGAAAGCGCUCGUGUUGUCAUCGCAACCACUUCUAAGCUCGACGAUGUACCAGCAGGUCUUCGAAGUCUAUUUACCCACGAACUGGAAGUAGUGGCACCGGAUGAAGUUGCAAGAGAGUCAAUCCUACGGAGUGUAUGCAGCUCCCUGGCGAUAGCAAUCUCGCCCAUGGUCAACUUGAAGAAUGUUGCUCUACAGACCGCCGCACUCGUUGCUGGGGACUUGGUCGAUGUCGUGCAUCGAGCAAGUUUGGCAAGGUCGAACAGGCUUGUUUCGUUGGCAGAAGCAAAAGGCUGUGAUGUAAUAGACCUGAAGUUGUCUGGCGGCUUGUCGACAUCGCAUCUGAUGCCUAUUGAUUUCUCUACUGCAAUAGCCGCUGCGAGGUCAACCUUUUCAGACGCAAUUGGUGCCCCCAAAAUACCAAGCGUUACAUGGCAAGACGUCGGAGGUCUAGCAUCCCAGAAGGACGCCAUUAUGGAAACGAUUUCUUUACCAUUAACGCAUCCAGAGUUGUUUGCCAAUGGUGUCCGCAAGCGUUCAGGUAUUUUGUUCUAUGGUCCACCAGGAACUGGCAAAACUCUGCUCGCCAAAGCAAUUGCAACAGAAUUCAGCCUCAAUUUCUUCAGUGUCAAAGGCCCCGAACUGCUUAACAUGUACAUUGGUGAGUCCGAAGCCAACGUUCGAAGAGUCUUUCAGAAAGCAAGAGAUGCACGGCCAUGUGUUGUCUUUUUCGACGAGCUUGACAGUGUUGCACCAAAGCGAGGCAACCAAGGGGAUAGUGGAGGGGUCAUGGAUCGUAUUGUCAGUCAGCUUCUAGCCGAGCUUGACGGCAUGUCGGGUGGUGGUUCCGACGAAGAUGGACAGACAAGCAAUGCUGGCGGUGUCUUCGUUAUUGGUGCGACCAACAGACCAGAUCUACUCGAUCCUGCACUUCUUCGACCUGGCCGCUUUGACAAGAUGCUCUACCUAGGUGUUGCUGACAGCCACGACGCACAAUCCACAAUUCUCGAGGCUUUGACACGGAAGUUCACUAUGGCGCGGGAUGUCGAUUUGCAACGUAUUGCUCAAAAGCUUCCCUUUACUUACACAGGUGCCGAUCUUUACGCGUUGUGCAGUGAUGCGAUGCUCAAAGCCAUUACGAGGAAGACAAAAGGUGUCGAUGAUCGAGUUGAAGCUAUCAGCCAAGAACGUGGCGAGCCAGUCAGUACAGGAUGGUUUUUCGAUCACGCAGCAAAACCCGAAGACGUAGAGGUCAUCGUGAACGAGGAGGAUUUUGAGCUUGCCCAGAAAGAACUCGUUGGUAGCGUCAGCGCUAAAGAGUUGGAACAUUUUGAGCGCAUUCGACAACUGUUCGAGGAUCAAGACAUUAGUGCUGGCACAAGUAAUGCCAAGGGACAACCGAAUGGCGCAUCUGAAGGUGUCAAUAGGCAAUUACCACGAACAAAUACAGCAGUCCCAUAUACCGACAAAGCUUCAUCUAAUAAAGGUUCGCUUGCCAAGCAGAAAUCGAGUAAAGGGAAAGGCGUUGCCACAGAUGGUUCUGAGGCUGAUCAAUCGGAGAAUGAUUACGGCUUCCCUACCUACAAUUCAGCACACCUGAAUGGUUCUUUGGGGACUGGGUUGGUGAACGGGACGGGGAAGGGAAAAUCAAAAGUGCUUGCAAAUGAUUUUCAGGAAGACAUUCAAGGCGAUGAAGAGGAUCUAUAUAGUUAA